UAUUGCAUACGUGUGUUCCUCUCUCGGCAUAUGCACAUCGGCGCCACCCGUCGGAACGCGACGAGGAACCUUUUUUCGCGGAGUUUUUCGUCGCUCCCAAGACGCGCAGUAUCGCUCGCGACUUGCCCUUGAUAGCAGAUUGUCUGUGCGUGUGAAAGAAUUCCGCGAGAGAGAGAGAGGGAAAGAGAGAGGGAGAGAGAGAGAGAGAGAAGGAACCGCGUGUGCGUAAUCACAUAUAAUUCGUAAAUUAUAACCGACAGUUCCGCGGCAAUGGCGAUGACGAAGUUGAGUCUGGCGCCGAAGACCAUCAAGUAUUUGAUGUUCAUUUUCAACCUGUUCUUUGUGAUUACAGGAAUAGUGUUGCUAUCCAUCGGUGCGGUUAUCCAUGGAGUGUACCAUCAAUAUCAACAUUUCCUUGACAACAAUUUCUUCUCCGUACCUUCUCUUCUCGUAGCCGUGGGCUCCAUUAUUUUUAUCAUCGCUUUCUUCGGAUGCUGCGGAGCCGUUCGUGAAAGUUAUUGCAUGAUUAUAACGUUCUGCACACUUCUGGCUGCGAUUUUCUUGCUGGAGAUCAUAGGCGGCAUAAUGGGAUAUGUGAUGAGGGCACAGGUUGCGUCGAUCGCUCAGCAUAAGAUGCUCGACACGAUGCCCCAAUACAACAAUAGCCACGAGAUCCAAUUCGUCUGGGACAAUCUACAACGAGACUUUCAUUGCUGUGGUACGAUCAAUGCCACCGACUGGUUGACGAAUACAACGAAUCUGUCAGGUAUUCCGAUGUCGUGCUGUGAUGAUACGAUAGGUGCUAUCGGCACGUCGAAUUGCACCCUAUCAUCGAAGAGUCUGCAUGGGGUGGGCUGCAUACACGCCUUCGCGAAAUUCGCAGAGACACACGCGGCCAAGAUAGCAGGUGUUGGAAUAGGCCUUGGUGUAAUUCAGCUGAUAGGAAUUCUCUUGUCGUCCUACUUGGCUAAAUCGAUCAAGAAUUGUUACCAUACUAUGUAGAGUGCCAUGCGAACAUCAAACGCACCGGAAGCAGCCUUCAUAUAGAUGAUAGCCGAACAGGAUUGCCAUUAGGAUGCGAAACUGCGUGUAUUUGAUCUGAUAUAUUGAUCUGAUAUAUUGUACGAACACAUUAUUUGUUUUUGUAUAAAAGGAUGGUAAAUUAUUUUUGCUACAUGCUAUAUUUCACAUCGCGUUAUAAAAAAGCGUGUGUAUUUUUAAUAAAACUUUUACAUCGCUAAAUGUUUUCGCGACAAUGCGUUUAGUAUUCUUGAUUAAAAUGCGUCGUUAAUUAAAUUCGCAUUCUCUUAUAUUUACACAGGAAUGAAUUACACAGAAUAAGCAAUCACAUAUUUUACAAGAAAAUCUCUUUUUAUCUGCAAUAAACUUUUUUCACAUAAGCCUUUGCAAAACAUGUAAAUUUCUAACCAAAAAAAAUUUGAGCAUUGCGCGUGUCCGACAAUCAUCAAGCACGCACGUCACACUACACACGCACACACACGCGUACCGAGAGACAUGAAAUUAACUUAAUUGUCACAUGAGUCAUUUUUGUCGCGUUGUUUUGCCCACGUGUAAACGUGGCAACGAACACGAGAACGAAUGUCUCUUUCCA